AAUGGCGGUAUUUAAUCUGAACCAAGUUGAUAUCGUCAUCUCGCUGGUUUUAAUGACGUCAUGCUGCACGACAUCCCAUGACAUGGAUCUGAAUUCUACCUCAGAUAUCGACACGAUGACUACGUCACUCUCGUACUUCAAUGAAACCGUGGUUGAAAUCGACGUUGAGGCAGCAGCGUUCACCUGGUACCCACUGAAUUGGACUUGGUGGUUGAUUGUUCAAACCGUCCUUGCCAUUCUUGGGAUCCUAGGGAACGGCAUUGUGGUGGUUAUCGUCUACCAACGAUACAAUUCGAUGCGAUCUACCGACAUCAUGAUCGGUGCCCUCGCCAUCAGCGACCUCCUGACAUCCGUCUUCGUGUUCCCGAUUCCCUGGGCGAAGACUAUCCCAAACACAAUCCUUGGGCACCUUUACUGUAAGCUUGUGUACCCUUCGUAUUUCCUCUGGUUCUGUAUAACCGCAGCCACUUACAUCCUGUUAGGAAUCUGCAUCGAGCGUUACGUGGCCAUCGUCUAUCCUCUCUUCUUCAACCGAGUCAGCAGUAAACGGAGGACCAGCAUCUUUGUCCUGGGUCUGUGGCUCUUUAGCUUCCUCGAGGUCAUGUAUACAUUCUUCAUCUACAUCUACGACGAAAACAUCGGCUACUGCGUCUCAACCAUCAAGACCGAAAUAGGUCGCGUUAUAUUAGCGUACUUCGCCAUCACGAUCCGACUGUUCUUUCCCGUGACGAUUAUGCUGAUCACACAGAUCCUAAUCGCUCGAUCGCUUCACAUCCAUGGCAAACGCUUCCAGGAAAUGGUCAACAACGGAAAGGAUGAGCCAUCGAAGCAGACCUACCACAUCGUCGCUCGAAACCGUAUCGUCAAGAUGAUGUUGAUAGUUGUGCUGGUAUACGUGGUGACUUGGUGCCCCAACCAAAUCGUCUACCUCUGCUUCAACCUGGGUUACAUCACCCCGACCUACAGAGGAAGUGCCUUGCAUCGGAUUCUGACCAUGAUAGGGUACCUGAACUCCUGCAUCAAUCCUUUCAUUUAUGCUGCAAGAAACCCUGCGUUCAGGUCGGCCGUACUAAAACUCUUCCAGUGCUCGAAACCAAAGGAUGAGGCCGUCUUUAGUGCAAAAGGAAGCGACACGAGGGAAACGAAGGCCAAUCCCUCUACGUCAGUACCCGACGCAUGUUGAGUAAACACCCUCAUUAUGAUCUCAUACCUUAGUACUAGGUUCCGUCUUACAAAGAGUUGCGAUUGAUUCGAUCAACCUCAACUACAUGGAAAUUAAUCAUUUAGGGUUUUGAUCUCACUCAAUUGGAACUUAUUAUACGAUAACUCGACUUUGGCAAAAUGUGCCAAUUCAGGUACCGGAUGCAAAAAGGGUUGCAAUUGAACAACCAAACUCCCAAAACUUUACUUUAAGAUUGACAUGAGUGAAUGUUGGUCAAUGCUUUUCACAUGCCUAAAGAGUGUUGAUGAGAUCCUGAAAAUAAUUUUAU